AUGAAGGACGUCACUCAGGAUGCCAACCUGCUGGUUCCCGGCAUGCCCUCGGUUUCGAAUAAUGGAUCUACCGCCCAGGAUACCACAAAAGAUGUCGAUCUCUUGGACACUGACGAAAAUGGUGCUGCCAAGGCUAGGACGCAAAACUCACGCCUACUCAAGCUUCCAAUGGAGAUCAAGCAGACUAUCUGGACGAUGGCUGUAACCUGCGAGGAACCCAUUACACCAUGCCAAGUUACCCCUAGAUCGAAUAAGUUUGUCUGGAACGCUGAUCAAGCCUCGAAAUUAUCGCAGAAGCCGACUGAAGUUUCUGCUGCUAUUCCCCUUGCGGUAGUUAGCUUGACGAAAACGUGCAAGGAGAUGUAUGCAGACAUUUCCCUCACACACCUUUUCUACCGCAACAAUCACUUUGACUUUAGUCGAUUCCACAAUCACAUGAAUACCUACCUUGUUGCGAUCACCGAUGAAAGAAGACGCUCAAUAGGUUCCAUGCAGUUUACCUGGGCAGUCGGCAGAGGCUGGUACAAGGACAAGAUGUGCCAGACUAUGGUUCUCAUUGCUUCCUGCAAGAGUCUCUGGUCGCUAAAGAUCUCCAUCAAUGCUUGCGAAUCAAUCCAAGAUGCCUCAACCUUUUUCAGCAAGCAGCCAGAGUAUAAGCUCACAUUCGCGGUGAGUUGA